GGUAGGGUCAGACACUUGGUUGCAAAACAUGUCAAGCAAAAAGCUGAAGAGGACAGGCCUGCCUUCAGAAUUGUGUGAAAGGCUGAGCAAAUACCAGAUUGUAAACUGUCAGGACUUUCUAUCCCUUUCUCCACUGGACCUAAUGAGAUUCACGGGUCAGAGUAUCCGCAAGGUUCCUGCAUUCGUAAAAACUGUCAGUAAGGCUUGUGCUCCUAAAAUGGUCACUGCACUUGAAAUGAAUGCAGAAAGAUGUUCAAAACCAUCCACUGCUUUCUUCCCCACCUCUCUGAGCAAACUCGACGAGGUCCUUCAUGGUGGAUUAGCCUGUGGAACCCUGACUGAGGUGACUGGUCCUUCGGGCUGUGGAAAAACACAAUUUUGUAUGAUGCUGAGCGUGUUGGCCACCUUGCCUAUCCGUAUGGGUGGUCUGGAUGGAGCAGUCAUUUACAUUGACACCGAGUCUGCUUUUAGUGCUGAAAGGCUAAUAGAGAUAGCAAGAUGUCGAUUCCCUAAUUAUUUCGAUGAAAACCAGAAGCUGAUUGCAAUGACCAACAGAAUUCACUUGUACCGUGAACUCACUUGUUUGGAUGUGCUCAAAAGAGUGGAAUCCUUGGAAGAAGACAUAAUCGUGAAAGGUGUAAAACUGAUUGUGGUGGACUCAGUUGCAUCAGUAGUUCGCAAAGAAUUUGACACCAGAAUCCAGGGUAACCUGUCAGAACGUAGUAACCUGCUGUCAAGUGAAGCUGCCACGCUAAAGUUUUUGGCAGAAGAAUUCUCCAUUCCGUUUCAGCUUUUGGACACUCUGCAGCUCCACCAAUCAAGGGACUCCACCAAUCAGGUCAUUCUGACGAACCAGAUCACAACAAGGCUGAGUCACAGCUCUGUGCCAAGCUUUAGCACAGGUCAUUCCUCCCUACCUAAAGAUUGCAGGGUAAGCCCUGAUGGAGAUAGAAGCUACGCGACAGCAGCUCUGGGGAACACAUGGAGUCACAGUGUCAACACUCGGCUCAUCGUGCAGUAUCUGGACUAUCACAGCAGGCAGAUGAUCAUUGCAAAGUCACCACUUGCUCCGUUUGCUGUGUUUAUUUUCACCAUUCAGGAUGAAGGUCUUGUGCUGCAAGGUGAAGACAGCCAGUCUGGUUCGUCCACUGAGGGGACAGAUCCCGGACUCCAGCCAAUUGGAGUCCGGACCUCAUUUGCUUACCGCUCAGACUGGGAUCUGCCUGGCUUAACGCAGGCCAAGCCCUGACCAACCGAGGAUUGCGUGUCAGCCCAAAAUAGAGUUUAUCCUGUUGAUGGCAUGGACCAAGGAAUGUUAAUCUUCUCCUGAUGAUGUUGGGACUGGGACUGUUCCGUGAACGGAUAAGCAUUUUGGAACGGGAAGGCAUUACGGACUUGGACAUCGUAACCCUUGAAUUAUUAGUUUGGGAAUACGUAGACUGAUGGCACAGAGUAUGGAAACUGAAAGCUGUGCGUCCCAGUCAAAUAAAAAAAUGAAGGGAAUAAAGCAAGGAGACGUCACCAAAGAACUGAGAAGAAUUGUUGAUAACCUGACUUCAGGGCCAUCAUCCGGCUGAGUUUUAUCAAAGGUUUAGAUCAUUUGGAGUCAGGGUGUGCAGCUUAAACCAACCGCUAACAAGACAGGAACCCUAAAAGCUGAAAAUGCACCAUGACUGAGAUUUGGAAGGCCCCAGGCUGGAUUCCCAGACUGCCUAGGGGCACCAAUCGGGCUGCUACACGUGGCUUCACAGCCUUUAAGAUUGCCGAGGGCAAACUAUCCAGCCAGAGCUUUCUGAUCACAGUUCCGUAAUCCCCGCUGGAAAUAGCAGUUUAGGAUGGGCCAAUUUCUGAGAAGCUCAUGAUAGAAUAACAUGGGGUGGCGGGCGGUCUCUGUAUUCAUUUUGAUCAAACAGGUGGGGUGAUGUGAGGGAUAGGGAGGUUGAGGAAUCAGACAGGGUGAGGCAAUGCUUGUUGGGUAGCUGGGUAGUAGAGGAGACACACUUAGAGGUGGGGGAGGGGUUGUGGUGGGCAGGGAUGGAAACAUUGACAGCAUCCAAUGUUUGAAGGAAGAGUUAGAAACAGCAUUGCUGAUUGUCCUAUCUCCACAGUGAGAUAAGUUAAACGAGUUUGAAUUAACCUUUUGAAAGAGGGUGUGGGCCGACACAACCGGGAGCAACCUAUUUCGGGACCACAGGGUUAACUGGCAAACCCUGACAACUCUGUCUGCAUCUCCUAUGGUACAAAAAAAUUCUGUCAGGCCCCUGGAUUCAGGGGCAGGGCUGACCAGAAUGACAAGCAACAUUUUAUAUAGAAUGGAUUAGCGUCAACCCUUUUGAACUUCAUGCGUGUCCCCUUUACAGCUGUAAAAUCACCUCUAUCACAAAUGAGCAAUUUAAUACAGAGAGGGACCAAGGGGCUCUCCAACAUGAGUUACUGAAAAUGAGGUAGAACUGAGUCCUGACAACAGGCCUUAAGAGCAGGGAAUGUUGAUUCAAUCUCUCUUUGAGCUGCUGAAGACAACAGGAAGCCAUGAAGCAAUAUCUGUGUCUCCAUCGCAACAAGCAACGUCAAGAGUGAUACUGGCCAGGAACAGUUUGGGCUUUGCUCCUGGCCUGCGAUUCAGUGGUUGCUCCUGGACGUUUUAUUGCACCACCUUCCACCUACGCAAACACAGUCUGAUCAAACUAGCUUUUUUGCCCCAUCUUCAGUCUCACAUAUCUAAGAAACACAUUAUGGAACAGGAGGAGCUUUGGAGCAAUCAUCAUUUUCCAGGAUCAACUCCAGGAUUUGGCAACUCUAAUCCAAGAUAACACAUUGUCCCUGCUCCUUGUUAUUCUACUCAGGUGCCUAGAGGGUAUAAUACUCGCAAACUUGUCUCUGAUUCCCACUUGUCAUGCCUUGGAUGCAGCAAAGUGUGUCUAAUUGGCAUGACGGUUUGGUGAUAGACCAUGACUAGUGUUUUCAGCCAAGUCAUGCCAAUAAAAAGUUAUGUUAAAACAAGUAUGUUGUAUAAUUUAAUUGGCUGUGCAUUGUACAUAACCUUGGGAAGUUCUACUCACAGAAGUUUUGUACAAAGCGUUCACAACAGGAGGUAUUGUGGCGGUGUUUACACAGACCCAGGAGUCAAUGUUCACAUUGUGCUUGUACACAGAACUGGGAAUCAAUGUUCACUCUGUACAUGUACACGGAACCGGGAGUCAGUGUUCACACUGUGUGUGUACACAGAACAUGGAGUCAUUGUUUGCAUUGUGCUUGUACUCAGAACUGGGAAUCAAUAUUCACACUGUACACAGAACAGGAAGUCAUUGUUCACCUUGUUCAUGUACACAGAACCAGGAGUCAAUGUUCACACUGUGUGUGUACACAGAACAGGAAGUCAUUGUUCACACUGUGCAUGUACAGAGAACCAGGAGUCAAUGUUCACACUAUGCACUUACACAGAACCAGGAGUCAGUGUUCACACUUUGCAUGUACACAGAACCGGGAAUCAGUGUUCAUACUGUGUGAGCACAGACCUGAGAGUCUGUGUUUACAAGGUCUGUGUACAGACCCUAGAGCCAGCUUUUACACAGUAUAUGUA